AUGCUCAAUGGCAUGGUGUCUCUCUCUUUCGUCACCCAUGUCCUCCUCUCUGCUGCCCCCCUCUCCUCCCGCACACACAAGCACAAUGGGAGGAACCGUCUGUCAUACGAGCAGUUCAGCGCCUUCCUGGCCAACAUCAAGGAGCUCAACAGCAGUUCAAGCUUCUUUCCCUUGAACCGUCUGUCAUACGAGCAGUUCAGCGCCUUCCUGGCCAACAUCAAGGAGCUCAACGCACACAGACAGUCCAGAGAAGUGCGCCUCUCUCCCACCAUGUCUCCUCCUCUCCUCCCACACACGGACCACACCCCCUCCUCUCCUCCCACACACGGACCACACCCCCUCCUCUCCUCCCUCACACGGACCACACCCCCUCCUUUCUUCCCCACACCAUAUCCUUUCUUCCCCACACCAUAUGCUUUCUUCCCCACACCAUAUCCUUUCUUCCCCACAGCCCCUCGUUUCUCCCACACACUCCCUCCUUUUACCCCCUUGUCUAGCUCCUCCCCACCCCACCCACUUCAUCUCCCAAUGCUCUCCAACCACUUUCCUUCCCGUUCCUCUUCCCCUUCCUUCUGGUUUCCAAGUUCAUGCUCUUCUUUAGUCUUGCGCUCUCCGCAACCUCCUUCUUUUCUUCCCCAUUCCUCAUCUCCCACACCUUCCAUCCUCUCCUUCCCUUCAUUUGCAAAUACCAAAUUCUUAGAAACGCUGCGCAAGGCAGACGAGAUAUUUGGCCCCGACAACAAGGACCUGUACACGGCCUUUGACGGGCUGCUGUCGCGGCACCUGCCGUCCUAG